UUAACCAAACGACCCAACAUUUUCAUUUACAGAUAGAGAUGUUUAGAAUAAUUAAUUUAUUCAUUUUUAAUGAAGGGAUCGAUGGAAAUGUCUUAUUUGGUGCAUAUCUCACGGGCUGAGGAAGAAAUUGUGGAAAAGUUAUGAACGAUGACAAGGAAGCCACUUCUUCAGAGCGUAAUUGCUCUACUGAAUUUCAGAGUCCACAACAAAUGGAUUGGCUCAGGAUUCAAGAUUCUUUAAAGAGACAGUUGAUCACUGAAGAUGAUUUCAAAUGGAGAUUACCCCCCAAAAUGAAUGAAAGAGAAAAAGAAGGAAGUAAUUGUGAAAUAUUGCUGAAGUAUGUUGGUGGGGUUGACUUGAGUUUCUCAAAAGAAGACUCAUCGAUUGCCUGUGGUACACUUGUUGUUUUGGACUUUCAGACCCUCAAAGUUGUUUAUGAAGAUUCUUCUAUUGUUAGACUUCACAUUCCAUAUCUUCCUGGCUUCCUUGCCUUCAGAGAGGCCCCUGUACUCCUGGAGCUUUUGGAUAAAAUGAAGAAAAAUGCUCAUCCUUUUUACCCACAGCUACUGAUGGUUGAUGGCAAUGGAUUGCUUCAUCCUCGAGCUUUUGGUUUGGCUUGUCAUAUUGGUGUCUUAGCUGAUCUUCCUACUGUUGGAGUGGGAAAGAAUUUGCACCAUGUGGAUGGUCUUACACAAUCUAGGGUAAGAGAAAUCCUUCAAGCAGCGGACUCUCCUGAAAAUGUCUUACCCCUAAUUGGGGACUCUGGAUGUACCUGGGGAGCGGCAAUGCAAUCAUCUCAGGGCUCUUUGAAGCCCAUAUUCAUUUCAGUUGGUCAUCGUGUAUCUCUUGCCACUGCAAUUGAGACUGUGAAGAUGACUUGCAGAUUUCGUGUUCCAGAGCCCACCCGACAGGCUGAUAUAAGAUCAAGGGAGCGACUGAGGAACCAUCAAUGAUUAUGUCCGUACUUAUUUCUCUAUCUAUUUGGAUGAUUAUGCUUCAUCUUUAAUUUGGAACUUCAGUUGGGCCACGAUUGAAGUGUCAUGUUCGUGACAUGUCUUAUGUGUAGUGCUCCGUUGUUGAUACCAUGGAAUGCUCGACUGAACGAGAACUGCACUUAUAUAUAUAGAGGGGCAAAUGGAGAAGAGGAGAAGGGAAAUAUCAUUAGAUUCUGAGUGAAGAAAACAUAGUGAAAGAGCAUUAGAUUAUGAGGAAGAUAACAUUCAUACAGAUACUAUUUUCCAUUUCAUCUUUUCUUUAUAAUAUCAGCAUUUUGUUGGCCUUUU